GAUAAACACACCAGUGUGGUGCUCUGGUGUCACUACACAGUAUACACACGCGCUUAGGAAGGUCCUGACUGUAAGGCACUAGCUCGCUAGAGUUAGUGUUAAGGUAGAAAAAGGCCGCGUGGGAUCCCCAUUGCAGAAGGUGAGCGGAGGAAAGAUUGGGAGACUUGGAGUUUGCACUGUGGCGCGGCUUGGUGGCGGCACACACGGACCAAGCUUCCAGCCUCUCUGAACAUAGCUUUCCCAUGUGGGACUUGGACUGCCAGGUCCAAACGCAGACCCGUCAGGGGUAGGAGAUGGUCAGAUGCUCUUAGGAGUGACUGACCGCACGUGGGAAGCUUGCCGUCAUCCUUCUGACCUCUCCUGGCUGCCUUUUCAUCCUUCAGGUUUUGGUUGCAGGCCUCUGUGUGAGUAGCUCUCUGGUCUGCCUGCCUGCACUGUCACCGUCCCGCUGCUCUCCUUCCAAGUUACCUUGGUCUGCAUUUGCUGAAAUCGCUGCCUGUCAUCCCCGCACCCCACAGCUCAGAAACUUCCCCACAGCACCUAGUCUGGGAUGAGCGUCCCGUAACGUAGUUGCAGAAGGAGCCAGUGCUUGUGGUUUAAGCAUCUGAGAGGAACACAGUGCCCAUCUCCGCAGCUAAUGCUUAGCUGUCCUUUGCUUCAGUCCCCGCAGUGACAACAGGACUCUCACUUAGGGAGAGGAGAGCUGGUGAAAGUGUCCCUGCGAAGCCCUGGCUUACAGGGCACAAGAACCCUGGUGGCUCUGCUCACUCCUCCCUUCAUUUCCUCCUCUGCAGAGCGUAGAUCCUAAUCCACGCGCUUAGAGGGCUGGUGUGGGGAUCAGGUGAGGCAGUGUGUAAGAAAGUGCCUUGUGAUUUGUAGAGGGCCCUACAGUGUGAGGCGCACCAUUGUGAGACUGCAGAUCUCAUGGCAGAGUCUGGCCAGCAGGCGCCCGCUGGGACCCGGGCUGUGCUAGCUUUUCGAAGAGGGUCUGCAGGCUGUGUGGAGCAGCCCCUUGACAAGUCGGGUCAGAUCUGCGCUGCAUCAGAUACAGAGCUCAGCAGUCUCGUGCAAUAGGGUGUCCGUGUCAUUGAACACUGAGGGCUUGGAGAGAAUUGUGCCAAUCAGUGGUGGGUGGUCAGGUUGAUACCGCAGCCCACCCUGUUGUGAUCCAUAAGCCAAAAGUACAGUCAGUGACUUCUUAGAAAAAUCUGAGGGCGAUGAAGUGAAACAGAAACCUUCAUAAGCUCCUGGUACCUUCAUAAGCUCCUGCCCAUGAAAACUCUUACCAAGCAAAGUCCCCCUCCCAGCAACGUCUGUGCGCUGGCGGAGAGCGCAGUUGUAGGUGGUCAGGAGUCUGGGUUGGGAGUAGCUUGCUCACUUACGACCUGGCCUCCCGGUCAGUGGGUUCCACCUGGGGCAGCUGCCUGCCUUUUCUGCAUGUCCAGCUCCUCUGUAAUGAGGGUCUCGAUGGAAACCCCACUGCAGAGCCAGGGAGGACUGAGUAAGCCUUCAAGCACGCAGCAGCAGCGCCUGGCCUGGCAGAUAAGCGGCCGUGGAUGCUAGCUAUUAUUAAUGGCUGGGUGUUAAUUGUAGCAAUCCGGAGCUACCCAUUGGGUAACCUAAAUGCUUGUUAAAUAAAUUUGAAGUUUUAAAGACUCACUUCCCGUCAUUAGGCCUUUGUGCUCGUUGUCAUUAAGAUUCAAUGGAUUUCACAGAUUUUCACAGUUAGAAGUCCAUUGUGUGCCUUUCAGAGGGAGGUGUUUCUGUCUGUAUGUAUUGUUGUGCUCUGUUGGGGAGGAGAAACGCUACAUUCCCGCCCUCUCCCCGGCAGGACUGUGUGGGGCUGGGUGCUUCCAAAGGCUGUGGAUCAUGGUGGCUGAGUGAAUAGUUUGUUGGCUUGCCAUUUCUAAAACUGCUUUGCUGGAAAGCUGCUGUGUUGGGGGGGUGUGUAAGGCGCCCCAGACGCAUCUUCACCACUCGGGCUGUGAUGGAAUGGUCCUGCUUGAAGUCACCCAAGAGCACUUGAAUUGCAUUUUAUUCUAAAAGUCAUCUUGACAUUUUCAUUUUAAAGGCGACUUCUGCUUUUCCAUAGCAGCAGGGUACAAUGAAGGAAAUUCUUUGAACUUACCUCCUCUUUUCUUUCCUGACCCCAAAUCAGCCUAUUCAGACGAAAUAUAAAACACUGCUCUGGAGCCUUUGUUUUUGAAAAAUUUCUGUAGAUUGUUCUUUUGCUUUUAGUAAAUAAACUCAGAUUAUACAGUACCGUAACUGCCAUAAACACUGACUAUGUAGAUGAGAAUCAAGUAGGGUUUUUUCCAGACUUAAUCAAAUUCCAUGAAGCAGAUAAGGUGACUGUUAAUAUCUUGAAUAGCCUGGUUACUAGGUCUUUAGAUAUUCAUCAUCGUCAGAUAGUGGGUUCUUUUUUGUUUUUUCUCAAGUGGCUAGACAUUGUUUAAAUGAACAUAAGCCCACACUGGUGUAUGGAGGAAGACCUACAAUCAUGGACUGUAUCAUGUUGCUGAUUAGUUUCCUUUUUCAAAUUUUACCUUAGUCUUCCCUGGUUAUGGAAGUAGUUAUGUAGGUAAUUGUACAUGCAGCUGAAAAGACCAUUUAUCACCCUAAACAAACAGAAAUCAGGUUCUAGAACCAGAUUGAAGAAGGAAAUUACAUCACACUCUUAAAUAAGGAAGCACUGGGCAGAACUGGAUGAGUUGUAUGACAAAAAUGUGCCCCUCCUCCUCUUGUGGAUUGCUCCUGAGAUUUAUUAAUGAGGUCUGGUGGUAAGUGAGCAUAUCUAGGUUACCGCCUUAAGGUAGUCUGCGAGCGUAAGAGUGUGCGUGUAUUUGUUAAAAGUGCUUUAAAGAGACUGCUGUCUGUAAGCUGAAGGCAGGUGAUUACCUCGUGACACAGAAGUGGGCCUUAGCUCUUGUUGUAAAUGAAAGCUACCUUACGGUAAGCAGUAAAAACACAGUGGGUACAUUGUAGUCCUCGGGUGGUGUGGAAGCAGAGGUACCUUCAUUGUCCGGAAAACCCUCCCCUGAUGGCCUCAAGCAGUCGCCGCCACAGAAAGCAGUGCAAGGCUGUCCACUUGGGUUCUGGAACUGACGCAGGUCUCCUGGCAGCCCCCUCACCCCAGCAGGGUGUACCCCUGCAGGCCUCCACUCGGUCCCUGUCUACCCUCAGCUGACCUACAGCCUGGGCAGAAUGACUUCUGGAUGGGUCGGGCGCUCUGUCAGUGUCCACUUAGUCAAUAUGAACCAGAAGGGAGUGCUGCCCGGAGGGGCUGGGAAACUGGCCCAGCACAAGCACAGAGACAGUGCUUUCCUGGGAGCGCAGUGGAAGAGGGGCGGGCCGAGGGCUCGGCGGGAUUGGAACAGACUUGGAGAAGACGGCCGCAGAGUGGCAGAGGCAGGCCAGGGCCACGCCGCGGAGGCCUUGCAGCUGGUGGGCCAGCCCCUGGCUGGCCUGGGCCACGCAGCUGGAAGGAAUGGUCUCGGGCUGCGUGUAACAUACGUAGUUGUAUAAGCAGCAAGCCUGCUUUGGGGUGGAGUAUUUUGUAUGAUAACACAGGUGUGGAAGACUCACACGCGUGCCCGGGGAGGGGGUUUUAUUUUGGGAGCCCUUGCAGGUCCUUGAGCAGGGGAAGAGGUGGUCUUGAGCGGUGGCCCUGGAGAGGAUGGCUCUGAUACCAGUGUGGAGGGCAGACCUGGGCAGACGGGUGCUGGGGACCAGGAGAAGAAUCAAGGGAAUGACAGCCAGCGGCUGACUUCAGACCUGGGCUUCCCAGACUCGGAGGCAUCGUGGGUCAGGCACGAUGUCCACGGCGGGAGUUGCUGCUCAGGAGAUUCGAGUCCCGCUGAAGACCGGAUUUCUGCACAAUGGCCAGACCCUGGGGAACGCCAAGACCUGCUGGGGCGGGCGCAGUGAGUUUGAAAAGACCUUCUUAAACAUGGACCCCAUCACCAUGGCCUACAGCCUGAGCUCUGCGGUCCCCCCGGAGCACCCGCCGUCUGUCAGGCACCCCACACAGUCCGCUCCGAUGAAUGGCCACUGCUUUGCGGAAGCCAGGCCCUCUCGAAAGGCCAGCCUGCCCCCGCUCAUCAUUCCCCCAAGUGACAGCAUGGGCCCACGUGAAGAGAGCCAAGUGCUGGGUGGCUUCAAGAAACUCUCGGUGAACGGGGUCAGCCCCGCCACCCCGCCGCUUACCCCAGGGAAGACCUGCUCCUCUUCGCUCCCAUCCGGCACGGUGCUCUGUGAGCGGGGCUCCAGGCCUCUGCCCCCGCUGCCCAUCUCUGAGGCGCUGUCCCUGGACGAGACAGACUGCGAGGUGGAAUUCCUGACCAGCUCGGACACCGACCUGCUCUUGGAGGACUGCACGCUUUCUGACUUCAGAUACGACCUUCCUGGCAGGCGGAGCUUCCGCGGGUGUGGACAGAUCAACUAUGCCUAUUUCGACACCCCCAGUGUUUCAGUGGCAGAUCUCAGCUGUGAGUCCGACCCGCAUGGGGAGGUGCCUGGUCCCCACCCGCCUCCUGCCCAGGCCCAUCGCAAGUUAAGGAGGUCUCACUCGGGCCCUGCCGGCUCCUUCAACAAGCCCGCCAUCCGCGUGUCCAGCUACAUGCACAGAGCCUCGCCCAACUCCGAUGAGGACAAGCCUGAGGUCCCUCCCAGGGUUCCCAUCCCACCCCGGCCAGUGAAGCCGGAUUACAGAAGGUGGUCUGCAGAAGUGACCUCCAGCACCUACAGCGACGAGGACAGGCCUCCUAAAGUCCCCCCAAGAGAACCUUUGUCCCGCAGCAACUCUCGCACGCCGAGCCCCAAAAGCCUUCCGUCUUACCUCAAUGGGGUCAUGCCCCCCACCCAGAGCUUCGCCCCGGAUCCCAAGUACGUCAGCAGCAAGGCCCUGCAGCGACAGAACAGCGAAGGCUCGGCCAACAAGGUGCCCUGCAUCCUGCCCAUCAUCGAGAACGGGAGGAAGGUGAGCUCCACACACUACUACCUGCUGCCCGAGCGGCCGCCCUACCUGGACAAGUACGAAAAGUUUUUCAGGGAGGCGGAAGAAAGCAGCCCGGGCACCCAGAUGCAGCCUUUCCCUGCUGACUGCGGCGUGGUCUCGGCCGCAGAAAAGAUGGAUUCCAAGACGAAGCCCGAGCCGAGCGGCCACGCGAAGCGCAAACACUUGUCCUACGUGGUUGCUCCCUAGACCUGGGCGUGGGGCGGCGGGUGACGCAGGAGGAGGGUUCUCCGUCUUGCAGUGUGAGUUUCCCAGAACAGUGUGUCAGAUGCUGAGUGGAACAGUGGAACUCGUGUAAGGAGGACAUGGGCGAGCAGGCGGGAGGCGCGGCGACGCCAGGAGGGCUGUCCAAGCCUGAAUUUGCAGGGUGGGAGCGCAGGACGGAAGCCUCGGGGAGUGAGCUGAGCGCCUGAUGGGCCUGUGCUGGGACCGCCGCGGCUGCGGGCUCCCCGGCCAGGUGCUGUCCUGUCGUGGAGUGAGACGUGCUCAGGCCGGUGAACACCAAGCCAGAGCGCUGCUCCUGAGAGGCCGGAAACUGAGCACACGGAAGCAAAAAGCAGUAUUCUUCAGAUCCGAAUCAUUCAAAAAGGUGGUUCUCAGUUAGUGUGCUGGCAGAUCGCCGGCUUAGGCCUGCUAGGUUUUGGUCACUUACUUUCCCCAGCCGUGUCUGUGCCUGCCUCGUUCAGAAUCAUCCCAAGACCUCCCAUUGCCAGCGUGCGGAUUUUUGUCUUGUGGAGCGGAAGGACAGCAGUCUGUCCAGAACCGUGUCGCCGCCUGUAUGCGUCUCACAUCUUGGACAAAGCAAAGAUAAGAGUCAUUUUCCUUAAAGCUCCUGCUGACUGACAGGGAAGUGGCCCACUGCGCUGUGGGCCCCGGGGACAGCGGGACCUGACCAAGUCGGACACAGGCGCGCCGGCACUGGGGUUCAGGGCGUCCCCGCUGCAAAGGGCUGCGGCAGGUAGUGGCGACCGAGAGUCACUGUGUGGGGUGCGCGUGGUGUUUCUGGGGUUUAGACUGUUGAUAAACAGGUACAACACAAGCUGGCCUUGUGUUGCUGGUUCCUAGUCAGUAUUUCCUGGAAUUGUUUGCUUUUCAAGUAAAACACUUCUGACCAAGAGCACGGAUGUCUUAAUGCCAGAGGUCACCCGGGCAUCGUGCUGUGCUGAACACCCUCCCGGCCGGCUGCUCCGCUGCCCCGGACCCAGCGCGGUCCUGUCUCCGUGUCCGCUGCGCUUACGCUGCUCGGAUAGGCACGGAAGAGAAGGUGCUCGCUGAGAGAGGAACGUGACCGCGAUGUCCUCCUACCAGUUCAACAAGCCGUUUACAGUUUCAACUGCUGAAUGAUGUUAUUUGAGCUAUUUAAAGCUUAUUAUAUUUUAGUAUGAACUAAAUGAAGGUUAAAACAUGCUUUAGAAAAAUGCACUGAUUUCUGCAUUAUGUGUACAGUAUUGGACAAAGGAUUUUAUUCAUUUUGUUGCAUUAUUUUGAAUAUUCUUUUCAUUUUAAUAAAGUUAUAAUACUUAUUUAUGACA